AUGGAUUACAAACUGGAGAAAGGAGACAACAUUGGACCUGCCCUUCUGGAAGCAAUCGAGAAAUCGAAAAUUGCAGUUGUCAUUUUCUCAAAAGACUAUGCUUCUUCCUCAUGGUGUUUAAAAGAACUUGUGCAUAUACUGGGAUGCAAGGAGCGACAUGGACAGAUUGUUAUACCCAUUUUUUAUGGCAUAGAUCCAUCACAUGUACGAAAACGACAGGGAACUUAUGCACUUGAAGGUCGUCAACUUAAGAAACGUUUUAAGGGGAAUACAGAUGAGGUGAAAAACUGGAGGGAUGCUUUGGAGGAAGCAGCCAAUAUGUGUGGGUUUCAUGAUUCAAGCAAAAUAGGGACAGAGGCUGAUUUUGUUGAGGAAGUUGUUCAAGAUAUUUUGACCAAAUUGAAUCGUGAAUCAUCAAGUGAUUUAAGGGGUCUAGUUGGAAUUGAAAAGAAAAUUGAGAAAAUUGAGUCAUUAUUAUGCUUGGAUUCACGAGGUGUUUGCUGUGUAGGUAUUUGGGGCAUGGGUGGUAUUGGCAAGACCACCCUUGCUGAUGCUGUAUUUCAGCGACUCUCUUCUAAAUUUGAAGCUUCUUGUUUUCUUAAAAAUGUGAGGGAGAACUCAGAAGAAAGAGAUGGAAUAUAUAAAUUGCGUAAUAAACUUCUUCGUGAGAUAUUAAGGGACAAAGAUCUGAAUAUCGACACUCUGUCUAUACCACCUACAACUCGAAAUAGGCUCACGCGUACCAAGGUGCUCAUUGUUCUUGAUGAUGUGAAUGCUCCAGAACAACUAGAAGUUCUUGUUGGUUGUCAUGAUCGGUUUUGCCAAGGAAGUCGAAUCAUUAUAACUGCUAGAGAUAAAGGCCUACUUGAGCACAAAGUUGACCAUGAUAAGAUAUACAACGUUGAGGGAUUAAGUUCAGAUGAAGCUCUUCAGCUCUUUCACUCGCAGGCUUUCAGAAAUAAGUCUCCAACAAUAGAGUAUGCUGAGUUGUCAAGAAAGGUCGUAGAUUAUGCUAACGCCAUUCCAUUAGCUCUGAAAGUUAUGGGGUCCUUAUUCCUUGAUUGCAAGAGCAAACAAGAUUGGAAAGAUCAACUGAACAAGUUGAAACGAUUUCCAAGCAAAGAAAUCUGGAAAGUGUUGAGAGUAAGUUACGAUGGAUUAGAAGAAAAUGAGAAGGAGAUAUUUCUUGAUAUAGCAUGUUUUCAUAAUAACUAUGGAAGGGAGUAUGUAAAAGAGUUCUUAGAUAGUCGUGGUUUCUGUGGGGAAGUUGGGAUCAAAGUUCUCAUUGAUAGGUCUAUGAUAUCAAUUCAUGAAGAAAGCAACUCGAUAGAGAUGCAUGAUUUGUUGCAAGAAAUGGGUAGGGCAAUUGCUCGCAAUAAACAAUGUGUUGAAGAGAGCAGUAGGUUGUUCAUUGCAGAGGAUGUCCAUAAAGUAUUGACAAAUAACCAGAGAGCUGCAACUGUCCAAGCCAUAUCCAUUAACUGGUCUGAGCUACAACACUUGAGAAAUGCAAACUUCCAAAAGAUGGAUCAAUUGAGAUGGCUACAUGUCAAUUAUCCUUGGUGGGAAAGGUGCAAAUUAAUGGAUUCUCUUGAAUUUCCCAAUUCUCUUAGUUAUCUUUACUGGCUGAAAUAUCCUAUGAAAUCUUUGCCAUCAAACUUUUCUGCUCAAAAUCUGGUAGAGCUUCAUAUGCCCUUAUGCCAAGUUAAUGGGGCACAACUUUGGAAUAAAGACCAGAAUCUUAUCAACUUAAAAGUGAUCUGUCUUCGUGACUGCAAACACCUAACACAAGUUCCAGAUCUCAUUCGGAAUUUUGACAAACUUACUCAUCUUCAUCUGGGAGGCUGCAUAAAUCUCAAAACUCUUCCGAAGAUUCCAUGCAAUGUUAAAUUCUUAGAUUUAUCUGAGACAUCAAUAAAGGAAUUGCCUCCAUCAGUUUGGUCUCACAAAAAAAUUAGAGACAUUGAUAUUAGAUAUUGUAAAGACCUGACUAGGCUUCCAAGCAACAAUUGUGAGCUGAAAGUCUCUGGUACUUUUAGUCUAUGGGGCUGCAAUUCUUUUUAUGAGUUUUCGGAGCUUCCCAGGAAUACAACAGUGCUAGAUUUGAGUUGCACAGCAAUAAAACUAUUGCCUUCAUCGAUCGAGACUGUCUUUGGUCUCACUGCAAUUAAAUUGGCCUAUUGCAGAAGCCUUGUGAGUCUCCCAAACAUUUGGAAGUUGAAAUCUCUUAAGAGCCUUGAUCUCAGACAUUGCUCCAAAUUCAAGAACUUCCCAGAAAUCUCGGAGGCUAUAGAACGUCUAGAAUAUCUAAAUUUAUCAGGUACAAUGGUUAAAAAGGUACCCCCAUCAAUUGGAAGUCUAGUUGCGCUUCGAAAAUUAGACAUCGCUGAGUGCAGUAUACAAGAAAUCCCUAAUGACCUCUUUUGCUUAACCUCAUUACAAGAGUUAAAUCUAAGCGGGACCCUAAUUAAGAGCAUACCUGCAAGCAUUGAACAAGCUCCUCAGCUGUCUCGCCUGAGCCUGAUUGGUUUCAAGCACAUGGUUGCACGGCUUCAUGAGAAACAUAUAUUUUCCAGUUGCCCAAAUUUGGAUCAGAAUGCACGAAGAUGCAUAAUGGCCGAUGCACAGCUCAGAAUUAUGCGAAUGGCAACUGCGUCGUCAAAGUUUAAAGGCGAAAAAAUUGAACAAGCAUCAUAUCAUUCAGAUGAUUCAGAUUAUUCCAAUGACGAUAUAGAUGAAUUAGAUAAGCUUUCUCCUGAUUGGUUUAGCACAGAUUUCUUGGGUUUCGCCCUCUCUCUUGCAUUGGAAAACUGUGAUGCAGAACAUCAAAUGAAUAUUGAGUGCAAAUACAACUUUAAAGCUAGUAAUGGUGAAAGCCACGAAAUCAACCAUCCUUUGUAUAAUCCGCAUACGUAUGGAAGCUAUUUCCAAGAUUCCCAUCAGGUGUUUGUGUGGUAUAAUAAUAAUGUCUUUGAAGAAGUUGUAGAGGAAGCUCGGAGCCCCACUGCGUUUUACAAACUUAUUACUGAGGUCUCUGUUGACUUUAAAGUACUGCAAUUUUCCUACGAAUCCCUUCUGGAGGAGGGGGAGGAGGAGGAGGUGGAGGUGGAGGUGGAACAGUGUGGGAUCUGUUUGUUGUAUGCCAAAGAUGCCUCUGAUCCCUUUUACAUACACCAUGCAGAUCAAACAGGUCUGACCCUUGUCACGCAACUUCUAGAUGGUGACAAUUAUGCAACUUGGAGUCGGGCGAUGUUGAUCAACUUGGAAGCAAAAAACAAACUCGGUUUCGUUGACGGCACAAUCAAGGCACCGCCAACAACCAGCGCCAAAUACCUCUUUUGGAGGAGAUGCAAUCAGUUGAUUAAAUCUUGGAUUCUCAAUUCCAUUAGCCCUUCAUUGGCUAACACUGUAAUUUAUGCCAACACCGCCGCUGAGGUUUGGUCAGAUCUCAAAGAGCGAUUUUCUCAAGGGAAUAUGUCUCGUAUUUUUCAGAUCAAGCAAGAAAUUGCUGAGAUGCGACAGCACCAACAGUCUAUUUCAACAUAUUACAACAUGCUUAAAGGUCUUUGGGAUGAGUUGGGAUCAUAUCUUCCCAUGCCAUCAUGCCAAUGUGAUCCAGCGUGCAAGUGUGGAGUCAUGAAGGAGCUUGCUGAUAGAGAGCAACAAGAACAGGUACUUCAAUUUCUUAUGGGCCUAAAUGAUACUUAUUCGGCUGUUCGUACGCAGAUGCUUUUAAUGUCUCCCUUACCUACGGUGCCCAAGGCAUAUGACAUGCUCCUGCAAGAAGAAAUACAGCGACAAAUAACUGAGAAUAGCACAAUCAGUUCUGUUCAUGCCAUGAACACAUCAAAGGGUACCAACAAACAGCCUCGCAAAGUGCACGAUGACAAUAAGAAUUUACAUUGCACACACUGUAAUGGUGACACCCAUACGGUUGAUCGCUGCUACUACCUUAAUGGUUUCCCAACAUGGCACAAACUACAUGGAAAGGCAGUCAAGCCACCCAACAAGAACAAGCGUGUGGGCGCCAACAACACCACCUAG